UGUCUGUGGAGGAGUCAGUCUUCCUGUCCUGGGUUAAAACUUAAAACUUCAAAAUUAAAAUUGUUCUCCAUACCAUAGGAAUAGGUUACGAUUUAUUAUUAUUUGCUUUCUUUCAUUUUAUAUUUCAUAAGCUGAAGCUGAAGCUGAAGCUGGAGCUGAAGUUGUUGGGAUAUGGGCAACUGCUGCUCCGACCAAGCCGGCGGAAGGGCAGCCGUGGGCGGCGCCUCAUCUCACAACCCCAAUGCUCCAAACGAAGCCAUCGAUAAAUUCCUCAAGUCUCGCGGCUACCACGGCCUCUUCUCUCAGAUCGAGUUAUCGUAUUCUGCUGCAGACUUGCGUGAUCGAGAUGUGCUCUCCAAGAGUGACUCCAUGUUGGUUGUUUAUACAAAAGGAAGAGAUGGAGUACUUGAAGAACUUGGCCGCACUGAAGUAAUUUUAAAUUCAUUAAAUCCCACAUGGAUCGCAAAACAUACAAUCACUUAUCAUUUUGAGAUUGUGCAGACUUUAGUGUUUCACGUGUAUGAUGUUGACACUCAGUUUCACAAUGUAGAAUUAAAGAUGCUUAAGCUGGAUGAGCAGCAAUUUCUUGGUGAGGCAACUUGUGCAUUGUCUGAGAUAGUCACUAAAUCAAACAGGUCGCUGACCUUAGAUCUUGUACAUAGAGAAGAAUCUACCAGAUCAACCCGUCCAAGAAACCUUGGAAAGCUUACUGUGCAUGCUGAGGAAUCUGUUAGCUCCAAAACCACAACAGAGAUGAUAUUAAGGUGUUCUGAUUUGGAAUAUAAAGAUCUCUUCUCAAAAAGUGACCCGUUUUUAAUAAUAUCGAAACAAGUGGAGAAUGGGACCCCAAUUCCAGUUUGCAAGACAGAAGUAAUCAAGAAUGACCUCAAGCCAACGUGGAAGCGAGUAUUUUUGAAUAUUCAACAAGUUGGAAGCAAGGACAGUCCACUGGUAAUAGAGUGCUUUAACUUCAAUAGCAAUGGAAAACAUGAUUUGAUUGGAAAAAUUCACAAAUCAUUGGCAGAUUUGGAAAAGCUUCAUUCUAGUGGGCAAGGCGAAAAUUUAUUUUUACCGACUUUAGUUGGGCAUGAUUACCACAACAAGAUACUGAAGAGUCAGCUAUUUGUUGAGAAGUUUUCCCAGAGUGUCGAACACACUUUCUUAGAUUACUUGGCUGGGGGGUGUGAACUGAAUUUCAUGGUGGCAAUUGAUUUCACUGCUUCAAAUGGAAAUCCACGCCUUCCCGAUUCCUUGCAUUAUAUUGAUCCUUCAGGACGGCCAAAUGCAUACCAAAGAGCAAUCAUUGAGGUUGGAGAGGUGUUGCAGUUUUAUGACUCAGACAAGCGGUUUCCUGCGUGGGGAUUUGGAGCACGGCCAAUCGAUGGUCCAGUCUCUCAUUGUUUCAACUUGAAUGGAAGCAGUCAUUACUGUGAGGUUGAAGGAAUCCAAGGAAUUAUGAUGGCAUAUACAAGUGCCCUCCUUAACGUUUCUCUUGCAGGGCCAACUCUUUUUGGACCUGUUAUUAGCAAUGCUGCACUUAUUGCUAGCCAGUCUCUUGCAAAUGGUGGACGAAAAUACUUUGUGUUGUUAAUAAUCACGGAUGGAGUAGUGACAGAUCUCCAAGAAACCAAAGAUGCCCUUGUGAAAGCAUCUGACCUGCCAUUGUCAAUCCUAAUUGUUGGAGUUGGAGGAGCUGACUUCAAAGAAAUGGAGAUUUUAGAUGCAGACAAGGGAGAGAGACUUGAAAGUUCAACGGGACGUGUUGCUUCGCGUGAUAUAGUCCAGUUUGUUCCGUUCCGAGAUGUACAGAGUGGAGAGAUUUCUGUUGUUCAAGCACUUCUUUCCGAAUUACCAACGCAAUUUUUAACCUACAUGCGGACCAGAGAUAUCCAACCACUUUCUUCAUAAUGUAAAGAAUAGUACAUAAUGAAAUUUGAUUUUCCAUAAGUGGUUCACCUUCGUUCAGGCCACCAUAUUUUUUUGAGGUUUGUCGUGAGUGGCAUCAUUCAUAUUGCUAAGAAAGGGUAAUAUUAUAGCGCGUCAUCGUGCCUGGCUAAAGAUUCCAUACAAGCCCCUUUGUCAAUUAGCUACUGAGGGUUCACGGCUUCACGUUCCUUGGUUAUCUUGGGCUCCAGUAAAGUUUUUCAUGGACUACUGGCUUAAGUGCGUGCUCAAAGCAAUUCCUUUUAGUGUGUUGGAACCAACACCAAGGCCCUAAAUGAAAAAGAUGUGCGGUUAAACAACAUUUGUAUCAUUUGAACUGGAUAAUAAUGUGAAGAAUGUUUUUAGAA